AACGGCAUUUAACUGCUGUGGCCAGCAGUGGUGGCAUAAUCACGUCUCGGGAUACACUUUUUUUCCUCACACAGUUUAUCUAUCCAACCAACCAGGUUCUCAGACACCCAACCAAGUCCCGCUGCUGGCUGGUGUGGUCUGCAAAUUAAUCUUGAAAUAAAAAUAGAUUGCAGGGAAAAUUGGCGCGGAAGUGUUUUAUAAUCUCCCAGGGCGAGCGUAAUACUCAUUCCGUUUAUCUCUCCUUUGGCUUUCUUUGCCCUUUUUUUUCAGACAUCCAGCCGAGAAUAAUUUCUGAGUAAAGCCGUAACCAGCGCCGACGGACUGGCAGGCGGACGAACGAGUGAGUGGGUAGAAUCCCAACCUGACCCGGGCGUAAGAAUCCCUCCGCCCAGAACAUGGAAAACACGACAACGGCGACGGUGGCGAGAAAAUUGAGUUCGGUUCAGAGUGAAAAGUGGUAACCAGUGACCUAAAGUGAUUAACCGAGAACCGCGCAAACCCACACCCGGGAAGCAGUGAGCGGGGUAGACAUUUGCGAAUUACUAAGGCGUUAGACUAGCCAGCCACAGACACAAAAAAAAGACAAUCAUCAAAAUGAGAUCGGACCUGGCAGACGAUAGGAACAUCCUGCAAAUAGCGGCAGCCGAAAUUGCCGAAUCAUCUGACACGAGCGGAUUCUUCGAAAUCAACAGCAACGGAUCCAACGGACAGAAUGGGCACCGCUCCGACGAUCUGCUACAGCUUCCCGAUGAGUACUUGACCGGUAACGUGCGGCCCACUUCCAGACCGAAACGAACUGCUAGACGACUACAAACGCAGGAGUGCACCCUCGAUCCGGAUAUGACCGACUCGAGCUCGCAGAGUGACGACACCAGCUGCGGCAGUAGCCGCAACGGAAGCCGCGCAGGCAGCAGCCACGGGGGCAGCCGUCACGUUUCUUCCCAUUCCGGUCAUCAUCUGCAAGCGAGCAACACAGCGGCCGCACGUCGCCGAAAAGGCGUCCUCAAUGCCAAGGAACGGAACCUGCGGCGGCUCGAGUCCAACGAGCGGGAACGAAUGAGAAUGCACAGCCUCAAUGACGCAUUUCAGUCAUUAAGAGAAGUCAUACCGCACGUCAAGAAAGAACGUCGUCUGUCCAAGAUAGAAACGCUAACCCUGGCCAAGAACUACAUUACCGCCCUCACCGAUGUCAUCAUUGUCAUGCGAGGCGAAGGCGACACCUCCUCCAGUGGUGCAUCGCCGUUGGUCUCGGUGACGACGGCGACAAACGCACUGCAGAACAACUGCAUCCUCAAGACGGACGCCGAUCUUCGACAUCCACUGCAGCAGCAGCAGCACCAUCAUCCCGAUCAGAUUUCGUCCAAUAUAUCGAUACUUGACGGGCUGAACAACGGUAUCAGCCAACAUCAGCUUCUCAACCAACACCAGCAGCACAACCACAGGGCUAGUAGUGAUAACAACGGCACUAGCAGUAACAACAACAACAACAUCAACCUGGUGGAUUUCAACAGCAUUGCCAGCAGUAGAGGCAGCUGCAACGGCGGCGGUACCACCCACGGUAAUAGUAAUAAUAAUAACAGCAUCAACAACAAUAGCAACAACCAUAACGUCAGCAGCAACAGCAACAACAACAACAAUGCAAGUAGUAUAGACAUUGAUAACAGCUUCUACGAGGAUCCAUUUCAGAUGAUGUAAAGCGCCCACCCUCUUCUUUCGCCAUCAUCAUCACCGAGAGCAGAAAAUCCACUUGAAUUAAAAAAUGAUUAUUCAAUAUCACGCCCCAGCAACAUAAAAAGCUGCUAACAAGCGCGGGAAUAUGCAUGUAUAAUCGAAUGUGAAAAUUAAAAGGAUGAUCCUGAUCCGAAGCGAAUUAUUACGAGAAUAAAAAAAAAGGAAAGUGAUAUGAAAUUUGUUCCCCCAACGGAGAUUAAACCCGCGCCGAGGAGGUGCCGCCACCGAGCAGCAGCUGAUGAUGAUGAUGAUGAUGAUGUGGCACACUAUCAAAGACCUCCCCCAACUACGCUAUUGCUUCCUGUCCAUGCUGUUGUUGUCCCCGCCACGCACGGCACCGGUUGCCAGUCCAUUGAAAUUAACAGGUUAAUUAAAGGAGAAAUUGUCUACCACCCGAUACAAACGAGAAGCUGUGCAAAAUAGUUAUAAUGACAAGUGCUAGUAGGUACAUGUGGAACGAAAGCUACAUCACUACAUCAGAGGUGAAAAUCGAUUUUCAGCUUAAAUUGAUAAGCUAGGGUACUGCAAAUUUCCCGACUUGACAUGAUCCUGUCCGCUCCAGAGAGAACGUCCUAACUAUAGAUCACUGCGUUUUGAAUGAUGCGUAAACUAAUGAAUAAUGCAGUUUAUCUCUCAAUCCCUUUUAGCCUAUGUAAUGCUUUCACCUUAAUGAUAUAAUUCCUUAAGAGUACAGGCACUGUCGUGAUCUCAACUUGAAUUCUAGUC